UGUUUAAAUAGAAAUAAACAUUUGUAUUCUUUCCUUUAACUUUUCCCACCAUGCAGUGACUAGAGACAACCAAAAAGACUUAAACAAAUGUUCAUAUCGAAUCAGCCGUUCACUUUGGUCUCGUCUUCUAUCAAACUCUCCUAGCAAAAUCACCAUUAACAAUGCUCCAUGCCACCCUUUCUUCCCACUUUCAUAUACUACCAACUUCUGAUCUCUUAUCUGCUUUCCUUUCUGUAACUUUCACAAGCUACAACCCACUAGUCUCUUCAACACCAUGUCUCUAACAAAUGAAGCACAAUCCUCCACACUUGAUCCUCCUCCAUUUGAUCCAUUACAGCCCUCCAUUCCCGUCUCCUACCCACUGAAAACCCUCAAAGAACUCGAGUCUCGGUCUUACUUCAAGUCCUUUCACUACCCAUUUAACAAGUCAUCUGUUUCUCUUAAAAGCUCUGGCUUAGAUAACAGGCCUAGGAUUCUUGUGUGCCAUGAUAUGCAAGGAGGUUAUGUAGAUGAUAAGUGGGUACAAGGAGGGAACAACAAAAGUGCCUAUGCAAUUUGGCAUUGGUAUUUGAUUGAUGUUUUUGUUUACUUUUCCCAUAAUUUGGUUACAUUGCCUCCACCUUGUUGGACUAAUACAGCACAUAGACAUGGGGUUAAGGUGUUGGGGACUUUCAUCACAGAAGGGAGUGAUGGGACAGAGACUUGCAAUAAAUUGCUUGCAACAAAAGAAUCUGCUCACAUGUAUGCUGAGAGAUUGGCAGAGCUUGCUGCUGAUCUGGGCUUUGAUGGAUGGCUGAUGAAUAUAGAGGUUGAGUUAGAAGCGAAACAGAUUCCUAAUUUGAAAGAAUUUGUCAGCCAUCUAACUCAGAUCAUGCACUCCACAGUUCCUGGAUCUUUAGUAAUAUGGUAUGACAGUGUAACAGUCAAUGGAAGACUUAUAUAUCAGAAUCAACUGAAUGAAAAUAAUAAGCCUUUCUUUGAUAUAUGUGAUGGCAUAUUUGCGAAUUAUUGGUGGGCGAAAGACUAUCCGAAAAAUUCAGCAGUGGUUGCUGGUGAUAGAAAGUUUGAUGUGUACAUGGGAGUAGAUGUAUUUGGCAGGGGAACUUAUGGUGGAGGAGAAUGGAAUACAAAUGUUGCCCUUGAUGUGUGCAAGAAGGCGGAUGUAUCAGCUGCAAUAUUUGCACCAGGAUGGGUCUAUGAGACUAAGCAACCUCCUGAUUUUCAAACUGCACAAAACAAGUGGUGGAGCCUUGUGGAAAAAUCAUGUGGAGUAGUAAAAUCCUAUCCUAAUACACUACCCUUCUAUUCAAAUUUUGAUCAGGGUCAUGGCUAUCAUUUUUCUGUUGAAGGAGGGCAAGUCUCAAAUGCUCCGUGGAAUAACAUAUCUUCCCAGGGCCUUCAGCCUUUUCUUGAAUUUAACAAGAAUCAAACUACAGAUACCAUUCAAGUUCUUGCAGAUUUUAAGGAAGCAUCUUAUAGUGGAGGAGCAAACAUUACAUUUAAGGGAACUUUGAAAGAUCACAAUGAUUUCACAGCAAGACUAUUUCAGGGAAGGUUGCUUCUUGGGGAAUUACCUCUCCACAUGACAUAUUCUGUGAAAUCAGAUGGGGAUUCUCAGAUCGGCCUAUGUCUGUACUUCUCUUCCACUCUGAAUAAAAGAACAUCAGUAUUUAUUGCACCCUGCGGAAAGAGCCAAUUUUCGAAUGAGUUCAGUAAAGUGAUUGUGCCACAUAGACUUGACAAGCCAGAAAUGGCUCCAGGAUGGGUAAUUCAGGAGAGCAGCAUUGACAUGAAUGGAUACACACUGACAGAAAUCCACGCUCUAUGCUACAGAUCAAAGCCUGAACAUGGAAAACUGAGAUCAGAAUACAUAUCAGAUAGACAUGAUAAUACAACAGGUCCAAGUCCGUCAGAAUAUUUUGCAGUACUUGGUCAUAUCACAAUCAAGAAUUCUAAAGAGAACCCUGUAUUUCCUGCUUCUAGCUCGUGGUUAGUUGCGGGUCAGUGUAUCAAGUGGAUUUCAGGCUCUCAGGGUUCUAAGAAACUUAGCAUUAAAAUCAGUUGGAAGUUGAAAGAUGGAAGUACUUCUCAAUUUUCAAAGUUUAAUAUUUAUGUUGAAAAGCUAGGGAAAAAUGCUGGUAGAAAUUCAGAUGGAAGAAUAGAAGGAAUUCAGGAAUUUAUUGGAGUUGCAUGUGUUGAAACUUUCUAUGUUUCUUGUCUUUCCAUUCCUUGUAGCACUUCUAGUGUCAAAUUCAUUAUUCAGAUGUGUGGCAUAGACGGAACUUGCCAGAAACUGGUUGAUUCUCCAUUAUUCCUGUUGGAUGUUGAAGCAUCUCAUCAAGUGGCCAUUCCCAUUUCUAAUUAUGGCGAAACGGACUCAUUGAACACAUCUCAGGCUGAUACGAAUCAUGGGAGAAGGUUUAUCAAGAAUAACGAUUACAAGGCAUCUAAACCAUGGGGAAACUCCAUAUGGUAUGGUCUUUCUAUUAAAGGACGUGCUACAUAUGUGGCUGUUGACUUGCUACAAAGAGUUGGCAAAAUGGACAGGCAAAUCAUCAUAGGUAGAUUAAAACAAACAGGUUUAAGUUGGUUGCUAAUGGUGUCUUUGGUUCUAUUUGGAACCUCUUUAUGGGUUUUAAACAAUAUUGUUGUCAAGAAUAUUGGAGGAAACAUGCAUCUGCAAUGAGGGAUUGCUUCGGAUAAGAUCUGAACCUGAUGUCUCAGGUUUACUGAUAGACCAAAUCACCUGGGAAUCUGAUUAUUAUGACUUUGUUCAUUAAGCUAGUACACUUUCGUAUUCCUAUAGUUAACAGGUGUUAGGAUUUUGAUUGUGGAAGAAUAUUUAUUUGGAAAUAACAUUUGGAUAAUAAUAUUGGGAUAA